AUGCCGCUCAACAGCAACCCGUCCCAAAAUUCUUCAGUUCCUCCUCUUAUUUCAAGAGUAAUCCACCUCACGCUUCACGGUCUCCAGCCAUCAAAGAACCGUCCACCACCUGUGCGCUCUUUUUCGACCGCGCAGCGCUCCGCAAAACCCGGAAAAAGGAUCAUUGUGACUCACCCUCUCUUAGACAUCUUGGCUAGGUAUCACGUAGUCGGUGUCGGAUACUGGGAAAAGGGCGAAAGGGCGACGAAGGUCGAGAGGGAUCUGGGCGACGUCGAGGGUUUGCACGGCGGUUCGGGUUUCGAAUUGCUCUCGCUUAGUGUGCGUGGUGUGUAA